AUGUCCAGCCCUGCGCUCGGCCGAUCGAUUAUGUCGUACAUUACGAGUUCUGUCGGGAUGCCGGCGUGGACUCUGACGGCAGAACUCGACUUCCGUGCGAGAGAGUCUUCUACGAUCCAGUUCAGUCGAUCGACUUCGACAACCCGUGCGCUACGGGAGGAUGUCUCAUCUCACCUGACUGCAGCUCCGGUAACUGCCGUCUCCAGGAACUCAAUGGGCACUGGAUAUGCUGCCAAUGCAGCCGCGGCAGCAACUCUCUCCGAUGGUGUCGGCACAAGAUGA